CGCAGCCGUAUCUCUCAUUUGUCCGAACAUCUUCUCCUCUCUUCACUUUCUCUCUUUACCCCCUCAACAUUCCUUAAAUACAUUCUCCACUCUUUCUCUACUUGCUUCUUUUCUCCUGCUCUAUCUGUCUUUUCCAUUUUUCCCUAUUCUCUUUCCUUGUACUAAAUCUUCUUUUUAAGUAAUUCUUUUAUUAUACCGAAUCAACUGAAUUAACUUACAUAUUAAUUAUUGCUCCUAUUCUAGGCCACCAGCUGAUGUUUUUUCUGCUCUGCUCUCUUCCAAGCUCACGAUUUUGAGAUAUUAUGAUGGUCUGAGAAGCUACUUUAUUUUGGGUUUUCAGUUCGACUUGUUUCUGCAUCUCUCAGAUAUAGGAAUUAGGUGAUAUAUAAAAGCUCCUGGUUGUUCACCACAAGUAUGGCUUUGCGAUCGCCGAGAGCCCCCCAUGACAAGGGGGAAGGUACUUCUGUGGUGACCUAUGUGAGAAGGACUUCAUCUGGUAGAAAUGUCAAUUAUUCGAGAGAUGAUUUAGAUAGUGAAAUUAGUGGUGAAUUUAAUAAUUACACUGUGCAUAUACCUCCUACACCUGACAAUCAACCGAUGGAUCCUUCGAUUACACAGAGAGUUGAGGAGCAGUACGUGACGAGUUCUAUUUUCACAGGGGGGUUUAACAGUGUUACUCGCGCCCAUUUGAUGGACAAAGUGAUUGAAUCAGAAACAAACCAUCCACAGAUGGCUGGAACAAAAGGGUCUAUGUGUGCUAUACCGGGUUGUGAUGGAAAAGUGAUGAGUGAUGAGCGGGGCGAAGAUAUUCUUCCAUGUGAAUGUGAUUUUAAAAUUUGUAGAGAUUGUUAUAUUGAUGCUGUGAAAUCUGGUGGUAAUGUUUGUCCAGGAUGUAAAGAACUUUACAAGUCAACAGACUUGCAUGAGGAUGUAAUGGAGAAUGGACGGGCAAUGCUACAACUUCCAUUUAAUGUUGAAUCGAAGUUGGAGAGGAGAUUAUCAUCCAAGAUGGACAGAAGGUUGUCACUGGUGAGAUCAACUAGUAACUCUGCACUAGUAAGAAGUCAAACGGGGGAUUUUGAUCAUACAAAGUGGUUGUUCGAGACAGGUGGAACUUAUGGAUAUGGGAAUGCUAUGUGGUCGAAAGACGGACUAAAUAAUGAAAAACAUGACGACGCUAGUGAGCCCAAGGAGUUUCUUAGCAAGCCAUGGAGGCCCCUUACUCGCAAAUUGAAAAUACCUGCUGCAGUGAUAAGUCCAUACAGGCUACUAAUUUUUGUGAGGAUGGUUGUCCUGGCAUUGUUUCUCCAGUGGAGGAUCACCAACCCAAAUGAGGAUGCAAGAUGGCUCUGGCUUAUGUCGAUUAUAUGUGAACUUUGGUUUGCUUUUUCUUGGUUACUUGACCAACUUCCAAAGCUCUCCCCUGUUAAUCGUUCUACGGACCUUAACGUAUUGAAAGAGAAGUUUGAAUCACCAAGUCCAGGCAAUCCCACCGGAAGAUCGGAUCUUCCUGGUGUAGACAUCUUCGUCUCUACUGCUGAUCCAGAGAAAGAGCCACCACUUGUUACUGCCAAUACAAUUCUUUCGAUUCUUGCUGCUGAUUAUCCUGUUGAAAAGCUUUCAUGUUAUGUGUCUGAUGAUGGAGGUUCUCUCCUAACCUUUGAAGCCAUGGCAGAAGCCGCAAGUUUUGCUGAUUUAUGGGUCCCAUUCUGCCGGAAACAUGACAUUGAACCAAGAAAUCCAGAAUCUUAUUUUAGUUUAAAGAGAGAUCCUCUUAAAAAUAAGGUGCGUCAAGAUUUUGUCAGAGAUCGUAGGCGAGUUAAACGUGAGUAUGAUGAGUUUAAAGUUCGGAUCAAUGGUCUUCCUGAUGUGAUACGGAGGCGUUCUGAUGCUUACAAUGCACGGGAGGAAAUGAAAGCUGUAAAACUUCAGAAAGAACGAGUCGGUGAAGAGAUGCCCGAAACUUUGAAAAUACCUAAAGCUACUUGGAUGGCAGAUGCCACACAUUGGCCUGGUACUUGGAUGGCUUCAAAUCCAGAUCAUUCCAAGGGUGAUCAUGUAGGAAUCAUACAGGUGAUGUUAAAACCUCCUAGUGAUGAAUCCCUACAUGGCACAGACGAUGAUGCAAAUCCUAUUAAUUUUACUGAGGUUGACAUUCGGCUUCCACUUCUGGUUUACGUUUCACGUGAAAAACGCCCUGGCUAUGACCACAAUAAGAAGGCAGGGGCUAUGAAUGCUUUAGUUCGAGCCUCAGCUGUUAUGUCAAAUGGACCUUUCAUUCUUAACCUGGACUGUGAUCACUACAUUUACAACUCCCAAGCAAUAAGAGAAGGCAUGUGUUUUAUGAUGGACCGAGGUGGUGAUCGUAUAUGCUAUGUACAGUUCCCUCAGAGGUUUGAAGGAAUUGACCCAUCUGAUCGGUAUGCGAAUCACAACACAGUGUUCUUUGAUGUUAACAUGCGUGCCCUAGACGGUCUCCAGGGUCCAGUUUAUGUUGGUACUGGAUGCUUAUUUCGAAGAAUUGCACUGUAUGGUUUUGACCCGCCAAGAUCAAAAGAAUACAACUCUGGUUUCUGGAGUUGUUUUUCUGGCCGCAAGAAAAGGAGUGCAUCUGUUUCUUCUGCUCCUGAAAUAAACGGAUCACUUAGAAUGGGAGACUUGGACGACGAAGAAGAAAUGGCCCUUCCUCUUUUCCCAAAGAAGUUCGGAAACUCAAGUUUUUUACUUGAAUCUAUCCCGGUGGCAGAAUUCCAAGGUAGGCCUCUUGCUGAUCACCCUUCAGUAAAGCAUGGACGCCCUCCUGGUGCACUUACCGUCCCUCGAGAACUUCUGGAUGCCUCUGCUGUUGCCGAGGCAAUCAGUGUUGUCUCAUGUUGGUUUGAAGAUAAAACUGAAUGGGGUGGUCGAGUUGGGUGGAUCUACGGCUCUGUAACUGAAGAUGUGGUGACAGGAUACAGGAUGCAUAACAGGGGUUGGAGAUCUAUCUAUUGUGUGACAAAGAGGGAUGCAUUUCGAGGAACUGCACCUAUCAAUCUAACUGAUAGACUCCACCAGGUUCUGCGGUGGGCUACAGGUUCAGUUGAAAUUUUCUUUUCUCGUAAUAAUGCUUUUCUUGCCAGCUCAAAGAUGAAACUUUUGCAAAGAAUAGCCUACCUCAAUGUCGGAAUUUACCCCUUCACCUCAUUUUUUCUCAUCGUCUAUUGUUUCCUCCCAGCACUUUCCCUCUUAUCUGGAGAAUUCAUUGUCCAGAGUCUUAACAUCACCUUCCUUGUAUAUCUUCUGGUUAUUACCAUAACUCUUUGUAUGCUGGCCAUUCUUGAGAUCAAGUGGUCAGGGAUUGAUCUUGAAGAAUGGUGGCGAAAUGAACAAUUCUGGUUAAUCGGAGGCACAAGUGCCCAUUUUGCUGCUGUUCUCCAGGGCCUACUUAAAGUCAUAGCAGGAAUUGAGAUAUCAUUCACCUUAACCUCAAAAUCAUCAGGUGACGAGAAUGAUGAAGAUUUUGCUGAUCUCUACAUAAUCAAAUGGUCAUCGCUCAUGAUUCCACCAAUUACGAUAAUCUUCAUAAAUAUGAUAGCUAUAGCCGUUGGUGUCAGCAGAACAAUAUACAGCACGAUACCGCAAUGGAGCCGUUUGUUAGGGGGAGUGUUCUUCAGUUUCUGGGUUUUGGCUCAUCUCUACCCUUUUGCCAAAGGACUCAUGGGAAGGCGCGGAAGGACGCCAACAAUUGCCUUCGUUUGGUCAGGGCUUAUCGCAAUCACAAUCUCGCUCCUUUGGGUUGCAAUCGAUCCCCCAUCAGGGAGCACUGAAAUUGGAGGCUCCUUUCAGUUUCCAUAAGCUGUCAUGUAGCUAAUGCAAUCAAUACAUUGCUGAUUCAUUUUAUAUGUUAUGCACAGAAAGGGUUACUACUUACUAGUUACAGCUUCCAUUUAAACUGUAGCUUGUACAAAUUACAUAUAUACAUUGUUUAUACUGUUCAUGCAUGUUCCAUUAGUGCAAUUUUGUACUCCUUCAAAUGGCUUUUUUGAUCAUUUCUUGAGUGUUGUAUUGGCCAAUUUUUUUCAA